AUGUACGCCCACGCAAACGCACACUCAAACUCAAACACAAACACAAACACCCCUAAGCCCCCCAACGACACCACUCCCUCCAGCCCCGGCCAAACCGCAUGGUCCACCCCCGGCCGCGCCGCCCGCGAUUUCCGCAGCGACACAAUCACCACCCCAACAGCCUCCAUGCUCUCCGCCAUCACACACACCACCCUCCUCGACGACUGCUACGUCGAAGACCCAACCACCAACGAGCUCGAGGCCCUCUGCGCCCGCCUCACAGCCCAUGAAUCCGCCCUCUUCGUCCUCAGCGGCACAAUGGGCAACCAAGUCGCCCUCCGCACCCACCUCGGCGCCCCGCCCCACGCCGUCCUCCUCGACGCCCGCUCCCACAUCAUGGUCCACGAAGCCGGCGGUCUCGCCAGCCUCAGCGGCGCCCUCGCCCAGACCGUCCUCCCCGCAAACUCCCACCACCUCACCCUCCCCGACAUCACCCGCCACGCCGUCCUCACCGACGACAUCCACUCCUGCCCCACACGGAUCAUCUGUCUCGAAAACACCCUCCACGGCACCGUCAUGCCCCUCGCCGAAGUCCAGCGCAUCACCGCCUGGGCCCACGCCCACGGCAUCCUCGUCCAUCUCGACGGCGCCCGGCUCUGGGAGGCCGUCGCCAGCGGCGCAGGCACACUCGCCGAGUACGCGUCUGCCGUCGACAGCGUGAGUCUGUGCUUUAGCAAGGGCCUUGGGGCGCCGAUCGGCAGCAUGCUAGUCGGCAACAAGGCGUUCAUCAAGCGCGCGCGCUGGAUCCGGAAGUGUUUCGGCGGGGGCACGAGGAUGUCGGGGGUGUUGACGGCGGCGGCGCGGAGCGCGAUCGAGGACACGUUUCUUGGCGGGCGGUUGGAGGGGAGUCAUCGGAAUGCGCGGCGGGUGGCGGAGGUGUGGCGCGGGUUGGGGGGCAAGCUGGUGUAUCCGGUUGAGACGAAUAUGGUUUGGCUGGAUCUGGAGGCGCAUGGGAUUGCGGUGGAGCGGUUUGUCGAGGCUGCGGGACGGCGGGGGUUGGUUGUUAUGGGGGGCCGGCUUGUUGUGCAUUAUCAGAUUUGUGAGGAUGCGCUUGUGCAGCUUGAGGGGGUGCUUAGGGGGCUGUUGGCCGGGGAGGAGGGCGUUGAUGGCGGCGCGGAAGCAUGA